GGAAGGGACCCCAGAAGUGCCCGGAAGUGACGUAAGGGCCCCGCGCGGCGCUGACCAAUGGGGAGCCGCGGCCACGCCCACGAGGGGCGGGGCCAGGGGAAGAUGGCGGCGCCCGUGCGGGACCGGGAGGCGCUGCAGAGGCUGAACUUCCUCUUCCAGCAGGCGGCGCACUGGGCGCAGCCGCGCAGCCCCGGCCUGGCGCGGUUCCUGCUGCGCACGCAGCGAGCGGCGGCGCGGCGCCUCGUGCUGCGCAUGGCCCCGGCGGUGAAGCGCCGCCUCUGCCGCCGCUGCUGCUCCCUCCUGCUGCCGGGGGAGGGGAGCGGGGCCCGGCUGCGGGGGCGUGGCCAGCCCCGCCUCGUCCUGCGCUGCUUCACCUGCGGCCGCGGGCGGCGCCUCCUGUGCCCACCUGAGCCACGCCCAGAGCCACGCCCACCCGGGACACGCCCACCUGGGACACACCCUGAGCCACGCCCACCUGAGACACGCCCAGAGCCACGCCCACCCCCGCAGGCCACGCCCACCGGCCCCGCCCCCGUGCUCUGAUUGGUCGCCGCCGCGCCGGAAGCAGCCAAUCAGCCGUGCAGAAAUAAACGCUUUAUUCCGUA